AUGACCGAAGUAAAAGCCGAUACUCCAACUGUUACGGAGGAACCCGGAAAAGAUGGCAAAGCAGCAGAAGUCUCGAAAAUAGCAAGUGAGGAGGAACCGCUGCCCAGUAUGAAUCCACUUCCUGCUGCUUGGAUCUCCACUGGAGCGUCAUGGUUCAACUCCGCCAAAGAAAAG